AUGACUGAAUGGGCUAGCAAGGCACAUGCCCAGGGGCCCCACACCUCUAGGGACCCCCCAGGGGCCCCUCACUCAGAUAUCACAUGCCCAGGGGCCCCUCACUCAGAUAUCACAUGCCCAGGGGCCCCUCACUCAGAUAUCACAUGCCCAGGGGCCCUGACCUCUAGGGACCCCCAGGGGCCCCCUCACUCAGAUAUCACAUGCCCAGGGGCCCUGACCUCUAGGGACCCCCCAGGGGCCCCUCACUCAGAUAUCACAUGCCCAGGGGCCCCUCACUCAGAUAUCACAUGCCCAGGGGCCCCUCACUCAGAUAUCACAUGCCCAGGGGCCCUGACCUCUAGGGACCCCCCAGGGGCCCCUCACUCAGAUAUCACAUGCCCAGGGGCCCUGACCUAUAGGGACCCCCAGGGGCCCCUCACUCAGAUAUCACAUGCCCAGGGGCCCCUCACUCAGCUAUCACAUGCCCAGGGGCCCUCACUCAGCUAUCACAUGCCCAGGGGCUGUGACCUCUCGGGUCCACCAGGGGCCACUCACUCAGAUAUCAUCAACAUUUACGGAUGA